AGUACCACGUCGGGACAAUGUGCGAGCGGGAGGUCAACAGUUGUUUCGACUACCUGUGGAAUGACAGAACGGCCAAGUCCGGGUAUUAUGACAUCUGGGAAAAGAAUACUAUGGUGAAGACUCGCGUUUACUGUGAAAUGCGGCCGGACGAGAUGGAAGCAUGGACCCUGAUGAUGUCUUAUUCGAAGCAAAAUAAUGGCUAUUAUGAACGUGUUCCUUUCGAGGAAGACUCCCCACGUGAUGAAAGCGACGCUAGUAGUGGUGAUUACAGGUUGUCGUUGGCUAAGAUGAAAAGCAUCCAGAAUGGAAUGGAAGGCGAACGUAAAGUGGAGUGGAAAGCCACGUGUGGCUAUUCAUUUGACGACGGGAAAUCGACCAGUGAUGACUUUGUGAGAAACUCUUUUCAGACUCUGGAUUUAUUCAACUUUAAAACGAACGAAAAAGGUUUGGUUGGUUACUAUCCAUUUGACAAUGUCACAGAAGGACAAGAUAAGUCUGGCUUUGGAAACCACGCUUCAAUGAACGGCAUUGAAUAUGAGGAUGGACCAUUGGGGAAUCCAGGUGGAUCAGCUAGAAUGACUGGAUCCUUAUCUUCGUACAUUCGGCUUCAUGAUAACUCAGGACGGCUGGACACUCGCUACAGCCUCACUAUUCUGAUGCAAAUAUACGCUCACGAAACACGUCAUGGACAAUUACUUGGUUGGACUGCCAGUGGACAAUGGGGUGUUCACCUAUGGGCAAUAGACAAGACGAUUUACUUCUGCUCCAGAAAUAGACAAGGCUACAAAAUAAGAUUACUGCGGGCAACUGAUCAAAUUCAACCCAACGAGUGGCAUUAUUUGGCGGCUACAUACGAUUAUGAUAAAAGAAUACAAUCAAUUUACCGCAAUGGAAAGCUCUUGCUAAGAACAACCGGAUUUUCACUGCAACAACUAGGCACCUCAAGCAGCUUCCAAUUGACAAGUGGAGUGACCUACAAAAAUCAUCAUUACCAAAGAGACACUCGCGUUUAUAAUGGACGUAUCGCAUGCCUGAAGAUUUACAACACUGCGUUCACAGAUGAUGAGGUGAAAACGUUUAGUGAAAACUGGGAAUGUCCACAUGAGCCUGCCCCACUUUGCCAUCGUGUUGAUUACAUAAAGAUCCGGGGACGUGAAUGUCACAACUGCAACGUGUGGGCGACACAGACAAACACGGAAAUAUUUUCAAUCAACGCACAUCGCGGAGAUCAAAAGUGCAAUUUCAAAUCUGGUUCUUCAGUUACGGAUGAAAAUAUCUUUGGUGUGUAUAAAGCCUCUGACCCAUCAACCCACGCAUGUGCUAAUUCAAACCUGGCUACCACACAAUACUGGUUCGGAGGACGCCUGUAGGAAUUAUCUGUUUUCAAUGGAUGAAUGUUUUUAUAUUUUUGCUCUAUAAUCAGUACGUGAAAUAUUAUACACUUAAUGUAUGCUC